AUAAUUAUGUUAUUUUGUGUUGUGUUGUCUGUCACACGAUGACACGCAUAUGACAACUCAUUUGUACAAACAGAGCAAUGAAUCUUGAAAAACAAAGCAAUGAAUCAAAUAAUGCUAAAUCUUGCGAGAUCAAUGAUACACCAGAUGCCGGCGCUUCGAGAGAUACUUUUUCGUCGUCCACGGUAAAUGUUUCGACAACAGACAAUCAAACUUCAAAAGUUCAUUGGUACGACGAUGUUUACCUACUUUUGUGUGUUAUUUUUUAUUUGGGAGACGUUGGUACAGAUAUUUUGGUAUCAGCGGUGUAUUUCAAGAACGAAGACUAUGUAUGGUUUGCUUUAACACUGACUUGCGUGAUCGGAGCUUCGUUAGUAAUGAUGGGAUUUUCUUUGAGCUGGUAUUAUGAUGAUACCUCUCAAGAGGUUGGCAAAUCAAAAACUGUGAUUUUACAUGUAUUGCAACUUGGCCCACUUCAAAGAUAUUGGAAUUGCUACAGAAAUGGCAGACGAUGUAGACAGAAAAAUGUCCCUGCAAAUUAUUACAACAUUUAUCUUGUGCAAUGGCGUGAUAUUACAAUGUUGCGUCUCUUCGAAGUUUUCCUUGAAUCUGCUCCACAGCUUGUGUUGCAGUUGUACAUACUGGCCUAUAGAAAACAUUUUGACAAUAAAAAAGAUUGGUUGACCGCACUGUCUGCCUGUUUUUCAUUGAUCGCCAUAUCAUCAGCCAUUGUCACUUAUACAAAAGCUUUACGAGAUGUUCGUAAGGACAAAGGAAAAUUGACAUGGUGGGGAUUUGGUUGUCAGAUAGUAUGGCGAUUACUUAUGGUAGCAUCCCGUAUAACGACGUUAGUAUUGUUUGCCUCUGUAUACAAAUCGUGGAUAUUACUUAUGAUCGGUUUGCAUUGGCUUGCUAUGUCAAUAUGGAUUUUUCAACAAAGGACGACCUUCAUUUCUGCGUCUGCUAAACUGACGAAGCCCGUUUUCUCCAUCGUCGUCGGCUUCAUCUAUCUCUUUUGUUUUUUCAACAUUAACGACGAGUUCACGAGAAGACCUUUGGUAAAAUUUUACACUCUUAUGUUCAUCGAAAACUGUGUGCUCAUUUUUCUAUGGUUUCCACAUCGUCACGAGUAUGGUGUAAUAUUCGUUGCUGCCAUGGCGAUGGUUUUUGGUGGAUUUUUUGUUGGUGUCUUAGCACUGAUUUUGUACCAUCAAUAUUACCACCCCAGUCUCCCUAAACAAGGUCUGUGUAUACGCACAUCCCAUGAUGUUCCAUCUAGUCAGGGCAUCGUAUAUCGUAUGCUCUGCUGCGAUACCUGUUGUUUCGUGAGAAGCUACGAAGAUGAGGAAAUUUCUCCAAGCACGCAAUGUAUGACGGGAGAUGAUAAUGCACCACGUGAUACAGUCGGUCUGGAAGUUGUGGAUCCAACAACAGGUAGAGCAUCGGACGGGAGUACCACACCCAAACUUGAAAAUGAGCUUCUUUUUCAUCAGGCGUCUCCUUUGCAAAUGCAAUAUUUAUUAGAUGGAAGAGAUAAGUUAAAGAAGGAAAAGGCAGCUAAGGCAAAGCAAAAACGUGAUGAAAAAAUUUCGUCCGUCACCACUCAUUCCAACCACAGCUCCACCUUAGAAAAUGGAACGGUCGUCCCAUCUUCAUAUGCACCCGAACCUGUCGGACAAAAUCCCUCUGCUGAAUCUGACAAACGCAAUGAUGAUGAUGACAACGAUGAUGAUGACGUCACAUCCAAGAGAUCUGGUUUCUUGAGUCCCGAGAGGAAGUCCCUCGAGAAUGAUGAAAACAUGAAGGAAAUGUUGAUCACAGAGAGUGUAGUCGAUGCCAACUCCAAUCGAAAAGGAUUGCUUUCACAAGACAAGAAACUACGACAACCUCAUGCUGUCAAUAAUGGUGGGUGGGCAUAUCUGGAUACACAGAAAAAUAGCGAUUCCGGAUGUGAUGACGUUGACCAUCCGGGUACUGAAGCUGAAAAGAAUACAAUAUGUGAUGACAAAGUUGAUGGUGGUUCUGCUCAAGAGCAAAAGCCACAAAUAGACGCUGGUAAGAAUAGUAAUAAAGUUUUGAAAUUUGGUAAGGAAGUUAUGGAUGAAGAAAGGCGUGCACGUGAUACAUACAUGCAUAGCACGUGUAUACCUUUACAAAAUUCAGCUGACAUUUUGAAUUUUCGAAAUCGGUACAGUUUUGUAGCCGACUGCAUUUCCAUAUCUUCCUCAAGCUCCUCGAAUAACGACGAUGAUCAAGAGGAUGGACGCAAAACUAUUCAGCAAGACAUGGUGGAGACUGGGAACGAGAGCUCGUAUCUGAGCGAACAGUUUUUACUGAGGCAAACCGGGAACGAGGAUUGUUCAACAGGAUUUGAUAACGUCUCGUUACAACGUUCAAAGAAACGUCAUGCCAAUGGACGAAGUAAGCAGGGAAAUCGUGUUAGCUUCCCAAAUUUUGUUGCUACUAACUUGAGGCAAGGUCGGUUCUCAUCGCUUCGAUUAUCUCCCGAUGACUGUACGGGGAUAGACGAAGAUAUACAUCCACAUUUUGUAGAGUUUUCUAAUGAUUCUAGUCGCAUUUGAUAAGAAUUCACGCGUAUAUUUGUACAAAUACAAACUUUCAAUUGUUAUAAAUAUCUUUUAGAUUUUUCUGGGGUCUAAAUAAAGAUUUUUGCCACAGAA